AUGAGCUCACAGCAGUUUGCUAGCGUGGACUCGGUGCUCGGAGGCGCUCGCGGAGGGGGCUGGGGUGGCCUAAAUGGCUUUAUGGAUGGCUUCGACCAGCGCUUCGCUGCGCCGCCGCAGGCGUACGAGGCCUACUUCAAAGCGUACCACAUGGCGCGCUUUCCGGGGCGCGAGCGGAACGACGUGAGCUACGGCGGAAAGAUUAUUAUGCCGCCAUCUGCACUGGCGACCAUCACAGACUUGGAGCUCGAGUCGCCGUGGACAUUUGUGCUGCGCAAUCGGAAUACGGCACAUCCGCUGCACACACAUGCAGGCGUUGUGGAAUUCAUUGCCGAGGAGGGCGUGGUAUACCUGCCUUCCUGGAUAAUGCGCAUGCUGCAGCUGGACGACGGCGAUCCGAUAUAUAUUCAGGGGACACGCCUGCCAAAAGGCCGGUUCGUCAAGAUCCAGCCCCAGACGGUCGACUUUUUGGAAAUUAGCGAUCCAAAGGCAGUGUACGUGAACGGCGCACUAACAACCAGACUCGAGCAAGCGCUCCGCAAUUACCCUACACUCACGCCCGGCGACAUCAUCGAGAUUAGCUACAAUUGCCUCACGUUUGAGAUUUUGAUUAUGGACGUCGUGCCGGACGCCGAGGGUAUUUCCAUCAUCGAGACGGACUUGGAGGUCGACUUCGCCCCGCCAAAGGGGUACGUCGAGCCCGAGCCCGUGCAAAGGGGAGGGCAGCCGACAAUGGCGUCGCGCCUCAAUAUCGAUACGGCCAAGCACGAGCUUACUGGCGCGACACAAAGCGUCGCCGAGUCCCCCGCGCCGUUCCGCGGGCUCGGCCAGACGCUCAGCGGCAAGAAAACCAAGGGGAAGCGGGAUAAACCGAUCACGCCGCGCGAGCAGGAUAGCCGCGUGCGGAGAACAGAGUACGUCGCUGCUACGCUUAUAUACAGUGUUCCUACGAUUGUUACCAACGAUACCAUGCAGGAAGAAAAGCGCGUGCCCGCGGCACUGCACCUCAACUUUGGCCAGUUGUUUUUUGGCUACGAUGUACCUAUUCUCGACGUCCCAGCUCCAGUGGAAAAGGAAGAGGGGAGCAGUGACCACCAUGCUCCGCGCUUCACUGGCACCGGCAAUCUGCUCGCUGCCCGCAAGCCCGACCCCAUUGUCAUAGACUCGGAGUAG